AUGACGCUGGUCGAUGCGCUCUCUGAGGCUCCUCGAGGCCUCGUUGUAUGGAAGGAAUAUUACGCCACGGAUGUGUGCGGUGAAUGUCACUGCGUCGGAGCUGAGGCUGAGCUGGCGCGUCGGUGGGGGGUUCAAUCGAGGUCAAUCUUCUAUCGGCCAGGCGACGACAUGCAACUAGGCGUGGGAACCAGACUCCAGCGGCAGGUUUGGAGAUAUGGAUUUCGCAAGACAUCCCUAUUUCAGAUCCCCAGAGAAGAGCAUAAGUUCAAGGCUACCAGCGCUGGAAGUUUGGGUGGCCCUGUUUGA